AAAAGAUUCUAAGUGAUUGAUGAACAGUGAAAUCGGCAAUUUCUUAUUUAGGCUACUAAUAUUGUACAAUCACAAAGUGCUCCUGGAUAAGCUAUUUUUGUUUCAUUUAAACUACCAAUCUAAAAUUAGAAUUUCAAUCAUAACAAUCAUGAUUGAGUUCCUGACAUACCAAUUCAACCAAUGAUAUGUGGCUGUGCCUAGUAACAUUGCCGUUCUACGCAUGCGUGUAAAGAUAGGCCACCACAUCAAGGCAAGCUAAAAUGAAAAAAUUGUGACAAAGCCAGAGAAUAUAAAAUGUGCCAAUAUCUAAGAUUAAACUGUAUUAAUGAAUAAUUUCUGGAUCAGACAUUUACAUGGCUGACCUAUUAAGUGUAGAUUGUGGUGGAAAUUCAAUCACUCAAAAUAUGAAAGAAAUUAACCACUUAAAUGUGGAAUCAACAAAAAAUAAAUGUGAUUUUUUCAUUAGUAAUUCUGAAGGUUGUAGUGAAGCCUCAGUUGUUUCAACUGAUACAGAGUCAGUUGUAAAUGGAAAAACCAGCCCAUCUCUUUCUCCUGAAAGCAACAACCACAUUAAACUUACAGAGGAAAGAAAUAACUCAUCUACUGUUGUAGGUCCUAUAUCUCCUGUAAUCUGUAAGGAUUCUCCCCCAAAUAUAGCUAAGGAAUCAAAGGAAGAUGAGUCAUUAGAAAAAGUGUCUAAACAUGGUAGCUCUAGUGAGCUACUAGUAAAUAGCAAUCCUAUAGAUGAAAAUAGUGGGGUUGGGGAGGAAAGUGGGGUUGAAAUCUUACUUCCAAUAGAAAAUGAUCUUGAUGACUCUCUAAACUCUACAUCAAACUUAAAUGGAGCAGAGAGUUCACCUAUACAAAUAGUUCCAAACAGUGAUCAUGCAACAAAUAAAACAGUUCAUGAAAGUCCUGUAGAUAAUAAAACCAUUCUAGACAAGGAUACUGUGCUAGAUGAUAAGACAGUUACAGACAGUGAACAAUGUUCUAGCCUUGAGGAAAAAAACUCUUUUUCCAUGACCAUGACUGAGUUGGAUUCACCUAAACCUGUUACAAAUACAGAAAAUAUACAAGCUGUCUCUGGCUCAGCUGCUGAGCUAGCUCAAGGUAAUGACGAGCUACCUAAUGUGACAAACCAGGAAAUAAGCAUACAAGUUGCUAAUGGCUUAGGUGAUAAGCAGGCUCAAAUACCAGUACCUGAUUCAAGUUUUGUUAAAUCUACUGAUUAUAAUGACGUUACUUCAUCAGAGAGUGAAGAAAUUUUAAUUAUAAAUGAAGAUGUAGAUUGUAAUAAAAGUGAUGAAGCUGAAGAUAGUGAACGAGACAAACUUGAUGCUCGAGAAACUGACAUAGAUAAUAAAAAUAGCCAGGAGUCAAUGGAUAUACAAAUACACAGUGAGUCGGAUAUGACAGCGGAAAGCCCUGAAUUAGACAUUGUAAUUGUUGGUUGUGUUUCUAAAGACGAUUCUAAAGCUGAUGACUUAUCAGCUAAUUCUCAAAACAGUUUUACUGAAAUCACACCUAAUAAUCCCUGCUCUGAUGAUCCAGAGUUAAUUAUAACUGAAGAAAACCUAGCUGUCAAAGAAGGGAAUCAAAAUAUUAGCCUGGAUACAUUUAGCUUCAAAAAUAUUUUACAGCAAUCCUUUACAAAUAAGCCAACCGAAGCAACGGAAGGAUCAAGUCAUGAGGAAAUGGAAACAGAAAACAAUGAUCUCUGUGAAAAGAGUUCAACAAAUGCUGAAGGUAUUGUUGAUAUUCAACUAGACAAUAAAGAAUCAACUCAAAGUGAGUUAAAACCAGAAAGUAUCAGAAAACGUGCUUUAUCUGAGGAUGGCUCUUCUAGUUUCACAAAGAAAGCUAAAUCAGAAGAUCAGCUUUCAAGUGAAAACAAAAAUAUUACAGCUGAAGCCAAGGAAACAAAAUACCUAGAAUCUCCAAUUCAACUGUCAUGUGAGGCACUACAAACCUUUAUUACUGCUCGUGUAAAAGCAUUCAUAAGAAAUCAAAAACAAGUACACAUAGAAAAACUAAACAAGAGAACAAGAAAUAUGCAGACUGCCAGUAACUUGUGGAAAGAAACUGCUAAACAUCUUGAGAGAUCAGUGAUGGAACUUUCUCUUCUAAAUCAAAAACUUGAGAAAAGAAAAGCUCAUUCGCAUACUGUAAAGCAACUUGCUUCGAGGACCAUUGGGAUACAAGUCAAUGAAGAUAAAGUUAAAACUGUUACAUCUACUGUUAAUGGAUCUCCAAAUAAACAAUUAGAUACCGUGCAAUCAAGUGUUUCUGUAUGUUUACCUCCGUCUGUGUUACUGAAUCCCCCACAGCAAAUUCAUUCCUCUAUUAGACAACCUCAAACUCAGGGAAACACGAAUACUCUUCGUAUGCCAAAUCGAAACUCAGCUCCACCCCACCCGCAAGGCAUACAAACUUCACCACGGUUUGGAAGACCAAACCAACAAUUCUCACCCCGUGCUCCAGCAAACAUAUCUCCCAGACAACAAUCUUCCUCACUAAAUAAGUCUGUUCAACAGGCAAUCAGAGGUUCUCUUACAUCGCCAGCCACCAACAAUGUGGUUAACUUGAUUGAUUUAACUGAUGACGAUGAUGUUUCAAGAAAAGCACUUCGAGCUCCUGCACAAUCAAAUACACAAACCACAAACAUUGGUGCUGGUAACAAGACUUAUCCAGCAACAAAUGGGUUGAUUCACAAUGUUCCCAUGUCAACUGGCACACCUGUUAUGUUGAACACUAACAACCAGCUGUUGGCCCAACCUUUAAACAAUCCACAGUUUAUUACAUCUAACAAUGGACUUCCAGGAGCACCGUUCCAGCUGCUUCCAAUUAACACUAAUACAACAGUAAACCGUCCUCCUGUACUUGCUUUAUUGCCUGGGGCCAGAUCUAGUGGACCAAUCAAUUCUUCCAUUCCAAAUGCACAGCUCACAUCGCCUAGGGGUAUGUUGUACAAUAAUUCAUCAGCUGCUGCACCUACAAAAACUCAUAGUUUGCCACCAUCUUGCCAUAUAAGUAGUAAACACCCUGCACCUUUACCCACAAAUCAAGAUGCUGGUAAUGCACCACCAAAUGCCAAAAACCGUCCUCCAAAACCUGGUCUUAAGAUCUCACGUGUGUCACAAGGAAUAGUCUUAUCAUGGAACAUGCCCUCUUUGGUGGAAGUUGAGAAAAUUUCCUCCUACCAACUUUUUGCAUACCAGGAAACUGAGUCAUCAGUUCCCAAGUCUAAUCUAUGGAAAAAGGUUGGGGAUGUGAAAGCUCUCCCACUUCCCAUGGCUUGUACUUUGACACAGUUUCAGGAGGGUAACAAAUACCAUUUUGCAGUUCGUGCUGUGGACCAGUACGGCAGAUGUGGCUCUUACAGUGACCCAAGUUCUAUUUUUCUUGGACCUAAAACAUAAGACUACGAACAGAAAUUUUCCCUGUGUAAUAAGCAUUUUCUAUUUUUUUUUUCUCUUCUAUUUUUGACAACUGGUUUGUAUAAGCUACUUUUAAAAAGUAGCUGAUUUCUGGCAUUAUUUUUUUUCAUCUUGAAUAAUGUGUUUACUAAAUCUUCAGUAAUUGUAAAUUGGGUUGUUGGCUGAGCAGGAUUUUAUUGUAUAUAUUAGUAAUUUCAUUUGUUUACCUCAAGGGUUGAAAUAAUACGAUUUGAAAUAAUGAGAAUGUUUUAUUAUUACUUUCCCAAUGGCACAUGAGUUUGAGAGUUUUGUGGAGAAAACCAAUAUUUAUUAGUGACAAUGUUUUAUGGUGAUUGCAUUGGUUGGUUUCUUUUAUGAAACUGUUUUUAUAAUGAGCAUCAAUAUUAAAGACCAUAUCUUAUACUUAAACAAGUGUGUUUAACAGCAACGGUAAAAACAUUUUGUUUUCGGUGUAGAUUUCCUUUAAACUUCUUGCAUCUUUGUUUUGUUGUCAAUAACUACUGUAGGCCUACUGUAAGUUAUUAAAUAAUUUCUACAUGGUGGAUUAGUCAUGUGGAUUAUUUGGUAAUCCUAGAGCUUUAACUUAAAGAGGUUUUAAGACUGUGUGUGACUUAGUUGUGUUUGGCUCUGUCUAGUAAUUGUUCUUUUAUGACUGGAUACUGACAAUGACAUUGUGUUUGGGCUUAAUCAGGCUAUUGUUUUGAAUAGUUGUAUUAAAAGUCUGAUGCUACAUC